AAACCAUUCCGUCCAAUCUAAGAAAGCUGCAUCAAGCUGCUUUCUCCUCCACCUUCUCUUUCCUCUUCAAUUCCUCUCUCUCUCUCUCUCUCUCUCUCUCUCUCUCUCUCUAUCUUCAAUCUUACAAACACCAAAUCCUUAUUAAACACUUCACUAAGAUAAAAUAAGGUUGAUUCAUUCUGAAGCUAGUCAUGAAUCUGUCUCUUACUGUUUCUCCGUUUCCGCUUUUUGUUGACUCAUUCUGUAAAUUACUGAAUCUAUAUUGAGCGAAGGUGAAUUUGCAAGGGAAAUUUUCUGAACUUUUGGCCUUUUUUUCUGAGCAAAUGGCUUCCAUAAGCCUUGUGCCUACUUCUGGUUUACGAGAUCCAAGUGGAAAUACAGCUGGUGUUGAUGUGCUUCCUGAUGAGAUGAAUGACAUGAAAAUUAGGGAUGACAAGGAAAUGGAAGCCACUGUUGUUGAUGGGAAUGGAACGGAGACAGGUCACAUAAUAGUCACAACUAUUGGUGGCAAAAAUGGACAACCUAAACAGACAAUAAGCUAUAUGGCUGAGCGCGUUGUUGGACAUGGAUCUUUUGGAGUAGUAUUCCAGGCUAAGUGUUUAGAGACUGGUGAAGCUGUUGCUAUAAAAAAGGUUCUACAAGAUAAAAGGUACAAGAAUCGUGAGCUGCAAACCAUGCGUGUCUUGGACCAUCCCAACGUAGUGUCCCUGAAACACUGUUUCUUCUCCACAACUGAAAAAGAUGAGCUUUAUCUUAACCUGGUACUUGAGUAUGUUCCUGAGACUGUCCACCGUGUUAUCAAACACUACAAUAAAAUGGGCCAAAGGAUGCCACUUAUAUAUGUGAAACUUUAUUUUUAUCAGAUUUGUAGAGCUCUUGCAUACAUUCACAAUAGUAUUGGAGUGUGCCAUAGGGACAUAAAGCCUCAAAAUUUGUUGGUUAACCCACACACCCACCAGGUGAAACUAUGUGACUUUGGAAGUGCGAAAGUUUUGGUGAAAGGGGAACCAAACAUAUCUUAUAUAUGUUCUCGAUAUUAUCGGGCACCUGAACUUAUAUUUGGUGCAACCGAGUACACCAUGGCUAUUGACAUUUGGUCUGCUGGUUGUGUCCUUGCAGAAUUGCUGCUUGGACAGCCUCUCUUUCCCGGUGAGAGUGGAGUGGAUCAGCUUGUUGAGAUUAUAAAGGUUCUAGGUACCCCUACAAGGGAGGAAAUCAAGUGUAUGAAUCCUAAUUACACUGAGUUCAAAUUUCCACAAAUUAAAGCUCAUCCAUGGCAUAAGAUAUUCCAUAAAAGCAUGCCCCCUGAAGCUGUGGACCUUGUCUCAAGACUAUUGCAGUACUCUCCAAAUCUUCGAAGUACAUCUCUGGAAGCUUUAAUUCAUCCUUUUUUUGAUGAGCUACGUGACCCUAACACUCGCCUACCAAAUGGCCGCUUCCUCCCACCGCUUUUCAACUUUAAACCUCAUGAGCUGAAGGGAGUGCCAGUUGAGAUGUUGGUUAAGUUAAUUCCAGAGCAUGAAAGAAAGCAAUGUGCCUUCCUUGGGCCGUGAUGCAACUAGGCAGUGUCUUCUGCUCGCAGAAAACUGUACUGUAGAGAAGUAGCUAGUUAUUCAAGUGAUCAUAUUGAAGAAGUUAAUGCACCCAUGUUCAUUUAUUCCUUUUUAUUUUUAUUUUUUAAUCAUCUUCUACCUCUUGUAGAGAGCAGAUAAAAAAGAAGAUUUUGCUUAUUAUCUGACCCUUAAUUUUCAGUCAAGACAGAAUAUUUUAUCAAUCAUAUAAAAUUAUCCUUGCUAUUUUGAUAUUACAAGGAUAUUGCAUCA